AUGUGUGACAUGGGGGGACUGGAUAACUUGAUUGCCAACACAGCAUAUCUACAGGCCAGGAAAAGCGGAGAUGCUGAGAACAAGGAAAUACAGAAGAGGCGCAAGAGCCUUGCACUACCAAGGAUCGAUGAAUUCACUGAACUCAGAAAUUCCAUUAAAGUGGAGUAUGAGCACAUCUGUGAGAAACAGCCCAUUGGUAGAAAUUUUUUCAAGGAAUUUGUGGAGUCUGUGCCUGAAUACCGGCUGGCCAGUGAGUUCUUGGAUGAAGCGGAUGGCUGGGAAUUGGCAGAGGAUAAAAUCAAGAGCAGCAUCCUUGAAGGUCUGGUCAACAUGUACCUGAAAAAUAUCAGCAAUAGCUACUUGAAAUUCCUCAGUCCAGAUUUGGCCAAGAAGUGCCAGGCAGCCACUAAGAAUGAUUUUGAAACUGUCAUGGUAUUAGCCAUGGAAGAAGCAAAGGCCUUUCUUAAAGAAGAACCCUUUGAAGAAUUCCAGAAGAGCCAAUAUUUUGAGAAGUUUUUGCAAUGGAAAGCUUUUGAAAAGCAACCUGUGAGCGAGAGACAUUUUGAAGAGUUCCGAGUAUUAGGCAAGGGAGGCUUUGGAGAGGUUUGUGCUGUCCAGGUGAAAAACACUGGCAAAAUGUAUGCCUGUAAGAAGCUGGACAAAAAAAGACUAAAAAAGAAAAAUGGUGAAAAGAUGGCUCUGCUGGAGAAGCAGAUCCUCGAGCGAGUCAACAGCCGUUUCAUUGUCUCCCUGGCCUACGCUUAUCAGACCAAAACUGACCUGUGUCUCGUCAUGUCCCUCAUGAAUGGAGGAGAUCUUAGAUUUCACAUUUACAGUACAGGGGAACGAGGCUUGAAAAUGGAUAGGGUCAUCUACUACUCGGCUCAGAUGACUUGUGGACUCCUGCACCUUCACUCCAUCAAUGUCGUCUACAGGGACAUGAAACCAGACAACGUUCUCUUGGAUGAGCAUGGCAACUGUAGGUUGUCUGAUCUUGGUUUGGCAGUAAAAGUCAAGGACGACAAACCUAUCACCCAAAGGGCUGGGACUAACGGCUACAUGGCUCCUGAAAUCCUAAAGGAAGAUGAAACUUACUCCUACCCUGCGGACUGGUUUUCACUGGGAUGCACUAUUUAUGAAAUGGUUGCUGCUCGAACUCCAUUCAGGGAUCACAAAGAGAAGAUCAGUAAAGAAGAGCUAAAGAGAAGGACCAUAGAAGAUGAAGUGAAAUUUGAGCAUUCUGGCUUCGAUGAGGCAGCGAAAGAUAUUUGCAGAAUGUUCUUAGCUAAAAAAGUUGAAAAUCGUUUAGGAAGCAGGAGUGCUAAUGACGAUCCCAGGAAGCACCAUUUCUUUAAGUCUAUAAACUUCCGUAGGCUGGAGGCAGGCGUUACAGAUCCUCCCUUUGUGCCAGAUCCAUCUGUUGUCUAUGCCAAAGAUGUUGCAGACAUUGAUGACUUCUCUGAAAUUAGAGGAAUUGAGUUUAAUGACAAGGACAAUCAAUUUUUCAAGAAAUUUUCCACAGGGGCUGUCUCUGUAUCCUGGCAGAACGAAGUAAUUGAAACAGGACUGUUUGCGGAACUGAAUGAUCCCAACAGAGUGAUUGGUGCAGGUGGCAAGUCUGCAGUUUGUUUGUUGUUAUAA